ACGAGUCCGAUCGAAAUCUACGAUCGCGAUCCUGGGCGAUGCGAGUAUUCGUAACCGUCUUGCGUAUUUAGAUCGAUCAAAAACACGGUUUUUGUUAUUUUAAUCUGCAAUUUUGUUUUAAAGGAGGAAGGCAAGCAAGGAUUAGGUCCUUUCCCUUCCUCCAAUCCCCCUCUCGCUUUCCUCCUAUUUGCGGGCGAGAAAAGGGAAAUCAUUAUUGCGGUUUAAGGCGAGGAAGAACAUUGAACCAAAAGAAAUCGCUCCGGUCGGCAGAGCAUUCGUCGAUCGUGAUUUGAUCUUUCCUCCGGUUUGGUUCCUGUUUACGUUCAUCGAUCGUGAUUUCUCCCUGCGUGGUUCGCUCGCUGGCGCCGGCGCCCCUUUCCUCCAUGUCGGGAUCGCUCGAGUACUGGCGCAAGUUCUUCCGCAGCUGCGAGGGCGAUAUCUUCGAGGUGGUGGAGCACGCCGUCAUGGUGGCGGCGUCGGACUACCCCGACGAGUUCCGGAGCCGAAGGGAUCAGUUGGCGGAGAAACUCUUCACCGCCCUGCUGCCGCCCCGGUGCUUCGGUUGCGGAGACGCUGCCGGCGGGGAGGAAGGCGACGACAGCGUAAAGAUGGAUGAUGUGGGAAAACAAACCAACAACGACGACGACAACGGGCCCGAGGACCUGAACAGGAUCGUCAGCAACUACAGCUACGACGAGGCAGAGGCGCUCACGGAGGAGAUCGAAGAGGCCAACGAGAUAGUCACGGAGGUCUCUAGGAUAAAGGAGAUCCUUGUCAACUAUCAAGAUGAGUCUGAUAAUGUGUUGUUCGAAUCCUUGAGGAGGUUGCAGCUGAUGGAGCUUUCUGUAGAAGUACUUAUGGCGACAGCGAUUGGGAGGGCAGUAAGUGGUGUUCGAAAACACAACUCGAAGCAAGUUCGCCAUCUUGCACGAACACUUAUUGACGGUUGGAAGCUUUUGGCUGAUGAAUGGGCAAGUGCUACAGCUAACAUUCCAGAUAAUUCUCCGGAUUCAAUAAAUCUUCCUAUGGAAGAUGAGGAAGGUCUCCCUUUCCCUCCAUUAGAUGAGGGAGCUCUAUUAGCAACCCAAACAGCUCCUAUGCAUCUGUCUGAGUUCUUUGAUGAAAUGGAUGAGGAUGGAAAUUUCAGAAAUAUGGAUGUUUUCAAAGGGAAGAGGGAAAAUGAUCGAAACAUACAAAUCAAAGAUCCGGAGCAGAAACAGCAGCCCCCAAAGCAAGCAACCGUCUUCAAAGAUAAAGGAGAGACAAGGCGGCAAGCACAAGCAGUUACAACCGAGUUAAAGGAAGAUUCAAGCAGGCAAGAACCACGACGUUUAUCUAUUCCUGAAGCUAAAGGAGGAGUGAAGCAGCAACAAUCGGUCGUCAAACAAGUUCGAGAAACAUUUACUAGCCAGGCAAAGCAAAAAAUGGCUGUUUCUGGCCCUGGUAGACUGUCAAAGCUGGUCCCUGAGCAAAAAGCUGGCACUGAGUCGAAACAGAUUCAUGGCAAUUCCACACUUCGCAGGAAGUCGUCCUCUGUUGCUCCGCAAGACAAAACAAAGAACUCUGAGGAUGCUCAGAUACGAGCAAAGCUAGAAAUCGCGAAGAGGAAGCUUCAAGAAGGCUACCAGCAAGCAGAAAAUGCGAAAAAACAACGAACGAUACAAGUAAUGGAGCUGCACGAUCUACCAAAAAAGGUAGUCAGUAAGCCACCAUUCGCGAAAUCCAGAAACCAAGUCAGGAGUUGGGCAAAUGGUCGGCGCUAGUGACUAACUUACUGCCAUGACUCUUCUGUGUUCGUCACAGCAAAAUUAUCUGCAGGUGUCGACCGACUCCAAUGCUCGAGCUCAACAGACAAAAAAAUGAAUAUUUAUUUCCCUUCGAUUUAUAUUUUGUUAUGAUGGAGUCUCUAAAACACUGAGAUGAGAAGGUGAUCCAAUGGUUCAUAAAGUCAUUGCUAAGAAACAAAACUUGGAAAGUAUACAUGUCUUCAAAUGCUUCA